UUUCAGGUUCUGAACAUCCUCGCAACGUUGAUCCCGCCUUUUUGGUCUCCGUGGCACGAGAACAUUAUAUUGUGGUUGAGAUUAGUGGAAGGAUUAGUCAUCCCACUUGUCUUUUAUUUGACAGAUUCCCACCAUCGCUCAGCUCUGCGACGCGCUUUUCAACGUCGGAGUGGGAAGUUCUCCGACUUUGGGGAUGACAGACAUUCCCCAUUGUACCUAGAAGGAAACACUAAACUAAGUCCGUUUGGAUCGGUCACUCCAAUUGGAAUCAUCACGAAUUAUCGGAGAACACCGGGCAAGAAGGGCAAACUUCAACACUCAAGUGCACAGAAGAAAAGUCUAUGGAGAACAAGGGCAAAGAAACAAAUUUUGCCCAGCGUCUAUGGAGUAGACACCGUGCUGAGUCCAUCCCACCUUACCAGCAACUUACAGACGGUUGUCCAAACUAAACCCCAGCCAGAGAAGGACGAUGUUACGAAACUUAGCAGCUUGCAGAUGGAUGCAUGGAGAGAUGCCGACGCCCAUAUUUAUGCAACCCUUUCUGAUAAUCUUAGCAAUCUGAGUUACCAAUCGAGUCUACCAGAAGACAAUGUUUUCGGCGUUGGUGGUGCAGAAGCUGAAGAAGAAAUCUAUGGUGGAUCUCUCACGACAGUUGCGAACGCCGACUUUGAAUUUCACUAUACUUGUCUAGGAGAUGUGCGGUCUGGUGAUGUAUUUUGUAAGUAUGACUCUGAGAUGGAACUUUCUGGAUCAGAAGAAGAAGUCUGGAAAUAUCCAGAUAAUUCAAGUGAAAAGAGCAGUAUCUCUGAAACUGUACAAGACUUGGUGAUUCAUAUUGAUUCUCCAAAAGAUUCCUCUCGUGUUAAAGGAAGCCCCGAGAAUGAAAAGACCGUGCAGAAGACAAGACAUCAGUCUAAUGACAUUAUCCCCUUUCAUGUGUACCGACUUCUCACCGAAGAACUCUCCAGAAGUAUUUCACCCCGCCCUCAAAACAGUUGGUUCUCUAUGAAUGACCUUGACCAUAUUGGUGACAAAAGUGACUCUACCAAUUCUGACUCAGAAGAAGCCGUGUUUGUGGUUCCCGUGAAGAGCGAGUCCAUGAUGUCUUUGUACAAAAUACCUUUGCCUCUCGACAAUACUCCUAGCAAGUCCAGAAGUGAAUCGAACCUUUUCUGGAGAAGAAACUCAAGUGACCUCCAGCACAAACCAUCUUUAAAGGAGGAACAGUUCGCAAGUGAAGGUAAACUAUUAGACGUUUUGUGGAAGAACAACAGAUCCUCACUGUUACUAGGCCGAAGCAGCCGUGUAAGAAAAGCCAAAAAACGUAAAACAAAUAACAAACAAAAACAUUACAGGAAUCAGUUCUCUCGGAAAUCACAAGAAGAAUUAGUGGGCACAAUACGCUUGGAUACAGGACCCGUAUUAAGUGAGGAAAACAUGCAACCACCUAACACUCUUCAAAAUGUGUUAGCGUCCGGGGAAAAAAAUGAAAAAGACAACUUGAGAUCAACAGUUAAACCCGAAUUUGUUUGAGUUAUCUGAUAUUAACAAUCAGUUAAAGUAAGUAGGGUGUUAGUUGUGUAUAACAACACUGAGGAUUUUGUUGCAACAGCUGACCAGAUAAGUAUUCGAUACCAUCCGUCUAAAAACAGUGGCGCUAACUGUGGGGCGAAGGAGGUUGAAUGCCCCUUCUCUAAGAAGAUUGAAAAACCUUACAAUAAAGUGUUCCUCUUACACUUUUUUUUACAUGUUCUGUAAAGCUACAGUACAAACCAUAUAUUAUUACACUUUUACUUUAGAUACAACCAAGACUUUUUGCCCCACCCCUCAAUUAAACCUCAAAUAGCAUUGCUGUCAAGAAAUAAAAUGAAAUCUGUAAAUAUUCACCAAUUCAGAGGGUAAUAGUUAAUAUAACCCCGCCCACCAACGAAGACAUGGUGCUACUUUUCUUUCUAAACGUGUUAGACUUUAAAUGUCCGUCAUUAACGGCUGGAUUAUUUACGUCACAAGUUAUAUGUAAGAUAUGGAUUAUACAUAAUAAAUAUACAAGUUAUCUUAUGAAUUUCUCUUUGGAAUGUCAUGUAAGGUCAAAAACCAAAAAACAACUUACAAUGGGAAAGUCACAUCGCAAAUGUUAUUUUCAUAAAGUUUAUUUCAUUCAACACAGUAAGGCUAUUGACAUAUUCACAGGACUCACAGUGGGCCACUGUAAAGAUUUUUGUAAAGUUUCCUUUUUUUUUCCCAAAAAUAAGGAGAAAAUGGCGAUUUCACAAAAUAUAGGGUUAAAUAUAUAUAUAUAUAUAUAAAACUAAUUCUGACUAAUGACGAACAUUGUUUGAAGAUUGUUUGUUUGUUAUGGAUUUCGCGCAAAGCUACACGAGGGCUAUCUGCGCUAGCCGUCCAUAAUUUAGCAGUGUAAGACUAGAGGAAAGGCAGCUAGUCAUCACCACCCACCGCCAACUCUUGGGCUACUCUUUUACCAACGAAUAGUGGGAUUGACCGUCACAUUAUAACGCCCCCACGGCUGAAAGGGCGAGCAUGUUUGGUGUGACAUGGUUCCAUGAAGAUAUCCAUUAUUUUGUGUGUAAUGAUAAUAAAUAUCACCGAGUAAGUCCAGAUAAGACUAAAUUAUUCUCCCACUAAAAAAAUUCUACAAAAUAUUUGUAUUUUCACAUAUCUGUAUUGGAUAAUUAUUGUAAUAUCAUAACUUAAAUAUUUUGCGACAAUUUUUUGGGUUUAAAAUAUAGGUUUACCUUAACUUUAUAGGUUUUAUACAGCAUUUUUGUGUCUAUUCUAUGCAAAAAUAAAUGAUGAGAACGGAAUUGUAGGUUUUUUUAAAGGUUUCUGUGGGAGGUCUGGAAACUGAAUCUUCUUAGAAUAAAUGAACUUUGUAAAAUAUAAGCUUGUAGAGCGUGAUAACAUCCGACACCAAAACUACUGUAAACCACUUUUACAAUAAAUUACAGUAGUUUUAAUUUAGCUAUUAUUUAAUCAGAAAACAACGUGCUGGAAACGGUGGUUCGUGAAAAAAGAACAUCGUGGAUUCGUGUAUAAUGCAUAAAUUAAAAAAAAACAACAACUUGUAUUUCAGUCUUUUUUUAUUUAUGGGAAGCUGUUAUGGUUAUCUUCCACAGUCCCUAAUUCUUAACUACUGACCAGAGUCCAGUCAGCAGUACCGUACGACUCACCAAUCAACGCUAGGAGAUUAACUGUCUCUCUUUUAACGCACCCACAGCUUAAAAUAUGGAGAAUAUUUUGUGGUAUCCGAAAUUCAGUGUUCUCCCAACUGGAACAACGUAUUCCUUCUGAGCACAACUGUACAAGUAACAGCUGAUUCUGUGAGAUUGACUCGGUAAGAUUAAAAACCACGAAAAGAGAUUCUAUCACUUUAUAGGCAAAAACACGAAGCCCUACAGCCCAAGCGCUUUCGAGAGAUUGACCUUUUAAUUCAUCAGGAGAAAACUGGGAAGGUUUGACCCCGAUGAAGAAAGGUUAUAGGGUUUCGUGUUUUGGUCUGUUAUUGACUUUUAUCAAUCCACGUAUUUUCCUAACUACACGUACAGAUUACUUAUGACGUACAAAGUAUGUGUAUUAAAAAAAGGAAACCAUAUAUAAACAGCUAAAAUGUGUGAAAUUCAAGAAUCUGCAAUAAACAGAAUUUCUGAAAAGAACGUUUUCCUACUCUUUCGAACUACAAACAGAAUAACUAAAAGCGAAUGUAAAAAGUGAGAAAGAUAGAUAGAACGUGUUUUUAAUAACUUGUGUGUAUUUUGUUUUAAAAGUGGCUAGUGAAUGAUAAAAGUAUGCGUGUUUAUUAAAGAAAUAUUCUGGAAAUGUAUUAUUAAA